AUGGCCGACACAUCAGCCCCCACCUCAGCACAAAACGACCAGUCAGCCAAUCGCGGCAGGAACAAUCGCCAAAGAGGAGGCAGAGGAGGAAACAGAGCUCCCCGCGAAGGCCAGGACGGAGAACAAGCCCAGGGCGGCAAUAGAAAUGCUGGCAGAAGCAGAGGUCGUGGUGGACGUGCCAGAGGAGGGGCAGGAGGGGCACAUCAGCCGCAGGACACGAAAGACCAACCCACGACCGAACAACAGAUCCAAGCAAAGGGAAAGGCUCUCGCUCUAGUACCGCAAACACAGGACGGCGAAGACGAUGUCGAGGCCGAGGUCUGCUUCAUCUGCGCCUCGCCAGUCGUCCAUCAAAGCGUCGCUCCAUGCAACCAUCGCACCUGCCACAUCUGCUCGCUGAGGUUGCGUGCCCUCUACAAGACAAAGACUUGCGCCCAUUGUCGAGAAGUCAUCUUCACCGAUGAUGCCAACAAGCGCUUCGAGGAUUACAACACUCAGGAGUUUGCCCACAACGACGACAACUUGGGCAUCCACUACGAGAGUCAAGACAUCUUUGAAGACACCAUUCUCCUAUUACGCUACAACUGCCCCGAUCCGUCAUGCGAUGCUGCCUGUUUAGGCUGGCCCGACCUGCACCGUCACGUCAAGAGCGUCCACCACAAACAGAUGUGUGAUCUCUGCACCCGCAACAAGAAGGUCUUUACCCACGAACACGAUCUCUUUACCGUCCAAGAACUGCGUAGACACGAGAAGCAUGGAGACGAUAUUCCUGGCGCCGAGAAUCAGUCUGGUUUCAAGGGUCACCCCGAGUGUGGUUUCUGUCGUCAACGCUUCUACGGUGACGACGAACUGUUCUCACAUUGUCGCGACCGCCACGAACGAUGCCAUCUGUGCGACCGCCGUGAUGGUGGCAGACAGCCACAAUACUACGUUGACUACAACGCCCUCGAAGUGCAUUUCCGAAAGGACCAUUUCGUCUGCCCUGACCAGGAGUGUUUGGAAAAGAAGUUUGUCGUCUUUGACUCGGAGAUGGACUUGAAGGCACACCAGCUUGAGGCUCAUCCCAAUGGCUUGACCAAGGACGCUCGUCGUGAUGCUCGUAGGGUUGACAUCUCAGGCUUCGACUACCGUGCUCCUCACCAGCAAGACCGUCCUCAGCGCAAUAACACCAACAACAGAGAGCGCCGUGGAGGUGGUCGUGGACGUGAUCCGAAUGCUGAUCCACUGCCUGUCUCGUCUGCGCAACCUAUGGGUAGAGCAGAGAUGGCUUACCAGCGUCAGAUGGCUAUCCAAAGUGCCCAAUCUGUGUCGACGCGCAGUUUCGGUGGCCAGCUCACUCAGCCGACCGAGACGUAUGCUGCCAGAGCUCCUGCAAACGCUCCUGAACCUGCCACCAUUACUGCUCCUCGUCCUGUACAGGAUUCAUUCCCAUCACUUGGUUCUCUCAGCCUCCAACCAUCGUCAGCUACCCCUCGCACUGCCUCACCGGACCGUUCCAUGGCUGGAUUGACGCCGCAAGAACAGGCUCGCCGUCUUCGUCACAACGCCGUCAACGAACGUGCUUCCAACCUCUUGCGCAACGACCAGACCAAGCUGGCCGAGUUCCGCAACAAGGUCUCACUCUACCGUCAAGGUGCGUUGACUGCUGACCAUCUCAUCGACGCCUUCUUUGCGUUGUUCGACACGUCGUCAGCCGAGCUGGGUAAGCUGAUUAAGGAGCUUGCCGACAUCUUCGAAAUCGCUACAAAGAGAGACCAGUUGCUGAAAGCUUGGAACAACUGGAGAUCCAUCAAUGAAGACUACCCCUCUCUUCCUCACGCCGCUGGCGGUCAGUCUGGCCCCAGCACCAGCGCAGCGUCCGUCUUGGGCAAUGGCAUUGGAUCCAAGCGCAUUCUCAAUCUCAAGUCAAGCACAGCACAAAGUUCGCGUUCUAACAACUCCCGCUCUUAUGGUACUGCUGUCGCUCCACACUCGAGCGGAAACCCUUCAAGUGCUGGCGGUCUCUCCUUCCCUCCUCUGUCAGCUUCCUCGAGAUCUUCUACUCCCGCGGCCCCUCCUGUUCGCGUCAACCCCACGCAAGCAACAUGGCUCAAUUCAGCACCCGCAUCUGCACGCCCUACACCCCAACCUUCGCGCUCUGCAACACCCAGCAACAGCAAGCCGCCAGGCCGUGGUGGAGACGCCUUCCCCUCUUUACCUAAAGCACAAAAGCCCACUAGCACGGUCUUCAGUCCUGGUUACACUGGCGCUGGCGUGCGACGAGUCAACGCCGCCGGUCCUUCGACCGUGGCAUGGGGUUCUGGCGGUGCCGGUGGCGUGCAGAGUCCACCUGCUGUGGAAGAGUCGCCCGAGCAGAGGACUAUCAGGAAGGGCAAGCAGGGAAAGAAGCAGGUUCUGUUUAAUUGGGGUUGA